ACUACAAUCGUUUGUGUCUAUUCAUCAAAAUUCUUGCCAUUAUAUAUAUAGUCCCCACGCGUAGGAGUGGAGUUUUGGGUUGUGUUUGGCCUGAAAUAGAAGAGAAAUCAACGUGCACAUAUUAUAUCUUGUGUCAACUAGUCCUUUCUCGUUGUAUCUUUGUACCAAAUCCGAGUUCAAUUUCAUAUCCCCACAAGACUAAAGAGAAUGAGACUAAUUACAAGAGCUUUGUUCAUCAAUAUUCUCUUAUUCUUCUCAACCAUACUCCAUUUGGCAAAUGGUCGUCAUAGCCAAGUUCUAACCAUGUCCGACACUGUUAAAGACGAAACUGGUGGAUCUACAAAGCUUGGCCUGGUUAACCUUAAAGCGACGACGGUGACUUGUGUGCCCAUCUAUGGCUUCUUGCCUUGCGCAACCACUUUCUGGGGUCUGCUUUUUAUGAUUGUCGUUUACGAGGUUUUGCUGUCGUAUGGAGGGCAAUAUAUUUCAGCUGGAUCAGACCUCUUCUUUGAAACGUUCGGAACAGGUCUCUUUGGGGCUAGUAUUUUCCAAUUGCUUGGCACAAUCCCACAGGUGGGAAUAAUCCUUGUGACCGGAAUUAUUGCAAGUCCAGAUUCCGUAGACGAGCAGGCAGAAAUUAGCAUGGGCCUACUUGCGGGAAAAACAAUUAUGUCCCUCACACUUAUAUGGGGCUUGGUUGUGGUUUUAGGCAGCCAUGACCUUUCACUGCCGGCAACUAGUACAUCAUCCGAUCUGGAACAAGAUGAAAAGCCCUUCACUUUAAGUGGUUGAUAUUACCUGUAUACCAUGUAAUCUAGAAAAUGUGGUAUAGCCCGGGGCUAUGGCCCCACCGGACACAAAUUGGUAGAGUCCAUGUGGGACCCACUAGUGGACCCUACCAACUUGAGACUA